AUUGUGGGUAACUUUCUUCAUUCAAUAUGGCGGCGCGUUUUCCAGCUUCUGCUUCAAUGCAGAAAAUGGCAAAUAACCCGCAGCAGUCCUCCAUGUAUCAGCGCUCUCAGUUCCAACAAUCACCAUAUGGAAUUUCGCGUCCAGCCAGCAGUUCAAAUACUGCCAUGGCAAUGCGCAUGCAGGGCACAUCAGGAGUACAUCCUUAUGGUCCUAAUGUGCCUCGGGCAGGACUGGUACCAGGUGCUGCUGCUGCACUGGAGCAGGCAAGGCGGAGACAGGAUGCCAAGAACAGGAGAAGAAAGAAGAAGAUGGCUGACAAGAUCCUUCCUCAAAGAGUGCGAGAUCUUGUACCAGAAUCACAAGCAUAUAUGGACCUCCUUGCCUUUGAACGGAAACUGGAUGCAACCAUAAUGCGCAAGAGGUUAGACAUUCAAGAAGCUUUGAAAAGGCCAAUGAAGCAAAAGAAGAAGUUGCGAAUCUACUUAACUACAAACUUUUAUGUGCCGAGACCAGAGAAUGAAGAUGAAGAAAAUAUUGUUCCUUCAUGGGAGCUGAGAGUGGAGGGUCGUCUUCUAGAGGAGAUGCAGGCUCCCAAGACUGAUGGUCCAAGACAGAAACGAAAGUUCUCAACAUAUUUCAAGAGUCUUGUGAUAGAGUUGGACAGGGAGUUAUAUGGGCCAGAUAAUCACCUAGUUGAGUGGCAUCGCACCAGUUCAACUCAAGAGACUGAUGGUUUUCAGGUUAAAAGGCCUGGAGAAGAAAAUGUGAAGUGCACUAUCAUGUUCCUGUUGGAUUACCAGCCUCCACAGUACAAACUGGAUCCCAGAUUAGCAAGGCUUAUGGGUAUUCACACUCAAACAAGGCCGGUGAUUGUCAAUGCUUUAUGGCAGUAUAUUAAGAGUCACAACUUGCAAGAUUCUCAUGAGAGGGAGUACAUAAACUGUGACAGAUACUUUCAGCAGAUUUUUGAAUGUAAUCGCAUGAAGUUUAGUGAGAUUCCUCAGCGUUUGAGUUCCUUGUUAUUACCUCCAGAUCCCAUUGUUAUUCAUCACCUUAUAAGCAAAGAAACACCUGAAAACAAGAGAACAACUUGCUAUGACAUUGAAGUAGAAGUUGAUGACACGCUCAAGGCUCAAAUGCAGUCUUUUCUUCUUUCUACUGCAAGUCAGAAUGAGAUCACUGCAUAUGACAACAAGAUUUAUGAGACAGUUGAGACAAUCAAUCAGUUGAAGAUUAACCGGGAAUUCUUUCUUGGGUUUGCAAGAGAUCCUCCAGAAUUUAUCAAUCAAUGGAUACAGUCCCAAAGUCAAGAUCUCAAGGUUAUGACUGAUGUGGUCGGAAAUCCAGAAGAAGAGCGGAGAGCUGAUUUCUUUCAUCUUCCCUGGUCACAAGAAGCAGUUUGCCGCUACUUUUAUGGAAAGGUACAACAGAAGAGAGCCGAGCUGGAACAAGCCCUGGGCAUCAGAGGAACUUAAUGCGAGGCUCGUGCUAUUCACAUGAUCGCCUCUGCUUAUUUGCUCAUGAAAGGAACGUGACCACGACGUGUUAAGUGCAGGACGUUUACAAACUCGCUCCAGGUUUCGCGGACUCGUAUGACCGCGUGUCAUGAAGGGACUGUUCCAAGUUCAAUUUGAACAUCACUGAAGGUUGGAAUAACUAGAUAUGGUUUUCUCGCCGUUCUCUUACUCUUUAUAUUAUGUACCAACUUACUUGAGAGUCUUGUGAGGCUCACUUUAAUAAGGUCGUUGUAUUAUAAACCCGAUAAUUUCCAUGUAUUUUCCAAUUUAUAUGUUCUAUCUAUUGAGUUCUAGCCCGAGCAAUGGAAAAUAAACUUCAAAAUCCCAGUU